AAAUGUCUCACGUCGACUCCAGUGAAGAUGAAACUGGACUUCGGACACCAAGAUUUCUCAGGCGAAGUUCCCGCUACAGUCGCAGCACUCCAGGAACACCCCCCUCAUCAACUGGAAGUUCUGCCGCGAUACUGGGUCCUAUUUCCCACGAAGGGCUGCAAGUAUGGAGUCAACUCCCGGAAGCGAUUAGAUUGGAUCCUAGUCUAGCGGCAUUUCGACGGGAAUACGAAAAGGUCUAUCAUAAUUCGUUGAAAAACGACAACGCCUCACCGAAGAUGGAUUACUUGACAGUAAACAUGGCAAUGGGAUCUCAGCAUUCCCACAAACACAAGCCCGUACCAACGGAAGAAGAUACUACUAAAGAUGGGAUGGACAGCCAGAGUCAUGAGCCAAAGCCGAAUCCCGUUUAUCGAUAUAUCAAAUUGGUACUGCUGGUAGCGUGCUGGUGUUUGUUCACUUUCAUUCUGAUGACCAAACAAGAAAAGGAAGGAACAAUGCACCAAAUUUCAGUCCAAGUGGAUCAAAUUCGAAGUUAUUUAAUACUCGAGCAUCCGAUGCAACGUCAAGUCGCCGUGACUCUGGAAGGUGCACUACUGCCACCUGUAUACGCUAAUUUAACGACGAACUAUCUAACAGUGUGGCUGGAACUUCUGCACCCUGGGUUUAAUAGCAAUGGAACAUACGAAAACAUAAAAUUCAUUAAGAACGUAAGCGAACCUUGGGUUGUGCCGCUGGUCUCGGAAGAGUUAAUAGACAUAGUACCGGAUCAAAGACAACAGAAGGUUUUCGAGUUGGACGAUUUUGAAAUUGGGAGUCUGUCGAAAAGCCUCAUCAGGAUGAAGAUGAAAACAAACUUACAAUCCAGCCUUCCGGUCGCCAUGGGUUAUGAUCUUUCACCUAUAAACAUGGAGGACGGAAUUAUUUAUGCAGCUGUUGUACUGCUCGGAUUAUACAUUUUAAUCAUAUUUGAGGUGGUUCACAGAUCGUUGGCAGCAAUGUUGGCGUCAACAAUGUCAGUAGCAAUUUUAGCAGCAUUGAACGAGCGGCCAACAAUGGCGGAAUUGAUUUCUUGGAUAGACAUCGAGACUUUGUUGUUGCUGUUUUCGAUGAUGAUGCUGGUCGCAAUAAUUUCAGAGACGGGAAUAUUCGAUUAUCUCGCUGUCUUUGCAUAUAAGAUAACCGGUGGAAAAGUCUGGCCUCUAAUCCAUACGCUGUGCAUAUUUACCGCCCUCGUAUCAUCAUUCUUGGAUAACGUAACGACAGUCCUUUUAAUGACUCCAGUCACCAUCCGGUUAUGUGAGGUAAUGGAAUUGAACCCAGUGCCAAUUCUUAUGGCAAUGAUCGUCUACUCCAACAUAGGCGGUGCUAUCACUCCUGUCGGGGAUCCACCAAACGUGAUCAUCGCUUCGAAUCGUCACGUCAUCAAGGGCGGCGUUGACUUUGGUACCUUCACUCUGCACAUGGGAAUCGGCGUCAUAUUCGUUUGCAUAGUCUUACACUUUCAGCUGAGAUUUAUGUUUCGAGACAUGUCCGUUCUCAGAUUCGACGAGCCUCAAGACGUGAUGGAACUUAGACACGAAAUAGCAAUUUGGCAGAGAGCAGCCGCCAGCUUGUCGAGCUAUAGCAAAGACGAAGAUUUAGUUCGUGGUACGCUGACCAAGAAAGUGCAACGACUUGUGACAGAAUUAAGAAAGAAACUGAUGACGGGGAGCGUCGCUAUAGAAAAUUACAAAGCUAAUCUAGAGGAACUGCAAGAGAAGUAUCCAAUCCGAGACAAAUGGUUGCUGGCAAAGUGUGGAUGCACCAUGGUUUUCGUAAUUACUUUAUUCUUCCUGCACAGUAUACCGAAUUUAAAUCUCUCCCUUGGCUGGGCCGCUCUUCUCGGAGUUCUGCUGCUGCUGGUUUUAGCAGACAAGGAGGAUCUGGACGGUCUUCUAGCUCGCGUCGAGUGGAGUACUUUAAUCUUUUUCGCUGCUUUAUUCAUCCUAAUGGAGGCUCUCUCUCGGCUCGGUCUCAUUGAUUGGAUAGGAAAACAAACGGAAGCAGUAAUUCUCUCCGUAAACCAGGACUCUCAACUAGCUGUGGCGAUUCUACUCCUGCUAUGGGUUUCCGCAUUGGCAAGCGCCUUCGUCGACAACAUACCGUUGACAACCAUGAUGGUACGCAUUGCGACCAGUCUGGCACAUAAUCCGGAAUUAAGACUUCCUCUACAGCCACUCGUCUGGGCUUUAGCCUUCGGGGCUUGCCUAGGAGGGAACGGAACUUUGAUUGGAGCAAGUGCCAAUGUGGUUUGUGCUGGCGUGGCUGAGCAGCACGGAUAUCGUAUUACCUUCAUGCAGUUUUUCAAGGUGGGGUUUCCUAUCAUGACAACUACCACCACCGUCACCAUGGUGUACCUCCUCGUAGCUCACGUCGCGUUCAGUUGGAACGGAGCAACCUUAUGAUAGUCUCUCGGUGAAGAAACCUGAUUUUUCUUCAUAUUUAAAAUAUAUUUAUGGAAAUAGAUGAAUAUCAAUCAUUUACACAUUAAUUGUAUCAUUAGAUUUUACAAUUAUACAUUUCACGUUUUACGUU